AUGGGGGGCCUUACCUUGAAACACUUCAUCCUGAAACACAGGGUGCUGAACCUAUACCGACAAGCUAUUCGUUCUGUUAGGUCUAUCCCAGAUCCUCAAGCCAGGAAAGAAACUGUCGCCUGGAUUCGCGCCGAGUUCGAAAGAAACAAGCACCUAACGGACGUCCCCACCAUAGAAGACAGGCUAGCAUCCGGUCGUCGGGAUCUCAGACGUAUCCUGCCUACUAUGCACUUGUCGAACUCUCGAUCAUAG